CCCUAUACUUACCAUACCUGAGAUAAGGAGUCACUAAGCCCAAAGUGGUGGACGCGGCGGGCGCUCAGGUAAGACAGUUAUCGAUUUUUUGGCAAAUUUUAAAUGCAUUUGACCACGUCUGCCGUUUUGAAAUUUGAAAAUAUAUUAUUAUUAUCAGAAAACAACAAUGGCAGACCUUUAUCGCGUGUUUAACAUUGUGGCAGAGAGUUUUGGAAGUCCUGAAAAUAAUAAAAUUUUUAAAGUAAUUGGCCAGAUCUGCCAUUGAUAUAUUUUAUUUAUUAGGGUAUUAAAAACUUAUAUUCAUCACGACAGACAUCUUCAUUGAGUACGCACGUCAGCAGACAACAAAAUCUUAGCUACUAUCCGGCCAGGUGUAUGCAUACUGUUUAUAGCUAUCUUUCUUUUUUUCCCCUAUGGAUUACUAUUGUACUCCAUAUACCAUUUUCUUUUAUUGUUACUAGUAUUCAAAUGAUUCAGAUUUUAUACCUGAGAGGGCCCAGAUAUCUCCCCACCAUAACGGUUAGUUCCAGAUAUUUUCAGUAUAUUUGUGAACCUUCAUACAGAUACCAAAGAUACCAGAAUUGUCUCUGUAGAUACCUCGUGUUUUGUGAAAUAAAUAAAAUAUAUAGUGUUGCUUUCUUUUAUUUUGCUGAUUACUCCUAUUAUUUAUUUAAUAUACGCAAAAGUGAAAAAAAAAAGAACUGAAGUGUUUCUUGUGACACGGUAAAAACUGAUAAAUUACUGAUAUUUUCAGAAGAGACUAUGUCAAAAGAGGUUACGAAAAUUUCAUUAAUUGAAAUAUAAAGAUAUCAUUUUACCAGACGAAAUUUAUGAUUCUGCACAUCAUAGUAAUUGAUACAAGACAUUUACAGCAUUGAAAAGACAUUUUAUGUCGACAGAUGUUAAAAAAAGUUCCAUCACAGACCAGUACAUCUUCGUUUGCAAUUGAACAACCAUCUACAUCAGCUGAUAGUUCAAUAAUUAAUGAUACAAUUGUACAUGAUUCCCUUGUAAAAGAUGUGAAUCUUCACGAGACAGAAGAAGUAGAAAAAGAAAUUGACGCUCAAGCUGAACAACCGUUGGAGGCAGGACCUUCCGAAGAUUUAGCAGAAUCAUCGACCAUUCAUACUUCUGAAAAUGUAGCUUUAGCAAACUUAAAUGUGUUUUUUUGCAACAAAAAAAGAAACAAUAUCGCUCUAAGAAUUGGCCAUUACGCACUUCAGGGAAGGAUCAAUUUGAAAAGAGUAUUUUAUUAAACUUUAAGCCAGAUACUGAAAUUUACAGUGAAAGUUUGACCAAAAUACAAAGUGUCUAUUAUCAUAUUUGCCGGCAAAAUUUCAGGAAUCAGAAAAUGUCACUAGUGAAAAGUCUUGUCCGUACUUCAUGGCACAUCUCCUGAGAAGUACAUGAAACUGUUUAUAAAGAAAUAUGUUAAUUGAAGAGAAUGUCAUAAAUCGAGGGACGUUGUUAUUUUCUGAGUUAUUUACAUAGAGUAUCUCGAAAUGUUUAAAGAAUUAAGUGAAGGCUCUGACGCAACAUCAAUAUUUACCACACACUAUUUAGAAGAAAAGAUUCACAAGAAAUUUAAUGACAAAAUUAAAAUUUUGAUAUCGAACAAAAAAAAAGUUGUUAUUAUUUGUUAUCUUCAAUAUACCUCCAUAGUUUACUAAAUUAAAUAUUAAUUCCUAUAAAGUAAUAACGUAAAUCAUAUUGAUGUGAAACAAGGAACGUAAUACACAUACAUCUGAUCGGAUGGUAGCUAAGGUUUUGUUGUCUGCUGACGUGUGUACUCAGCGAAGACGUCUGCCGUGAUGAAUAUAAGUUUUUAAGACCCUAAUAAAUAAAAUAUAUUAAUGGCAGAUCUGGUCAAUUGACCAGUAAUUACUUUCAAAAUUUUAUUAUUUUCAGCACUUUCAAAACUGUUUGCCA